GAAAAAUAGAGUCAAACAACGAGCCAAGCAGGGAAGCAUCAAUCAUCCGUCCACGAAAGAAUGCGGGCACAAGAAUCUUGCGGCUCUCAGACAGACAAAUGGAGCACAACGGCGCGAAACCAGAUUGUCUCCGGCUGCUGGCUAACUGUCUUCGGAAUUUGCGUUGACGUGUUCAUGCGGCUUUGGAGGGAAGAAGCCAAUAAUGGGCAGCGGAAGUGGAUGGCGGCAUUGAGCGGUGAUAAAGAGUUGAAGACAAGAGCAGUGGAGGGUGUGCAACCCCGCGGGCCCGAUCAUUCGUCCAAGCUUUGGCAUGUCAUUGCAGAAAUGGAUUUGGGUGAUGGGGAAGGGAAACACGAUACUGGACGGGUUAAAAUCAUCCUUAUCCUCAGGACAGCAGGCAUGAGUCCAUCAAACUAAUGAUGAUGCCAGAAUAGCCACCAUCCACGCAGUCGGAGGAUCCAUUUGGUCUGGCCGGAAGUGACCAUCUGUGAGUUGCAGUUAGUGCGAAGGGAUGAAGUGCCGCCGGGCAGGAGAUGCUCCCGUCACGGGGGGUCUGGGUCACGAGACUC